GUUGCAAGGCCGGCUUCUCUCAUCCCAUCUCCGAUCUCUGCUAUCCUUUCUGCACACGGAGAAGUCGUGAACCUUUUCUUCAGAUCAUUUGCACGGCGACAGAAACCUACCCCCCCAUUGUUAUGGUGCACUCGUCCCUCCAUUCCAACCAUUUCUGCAGCUUGCACGCAACAUCAUGCCAUCCGUUACGGCUCCCUUCGACUCCCUUCUGCUCCCUCUCCUCUUCUCCGUCGUCGUGAUUUCGGCGCCUCAGUGUUACCUCCCUAAUGGCGAAGCGACCAACUCAAUAUCCCUUGCUGGGAUGCAAGGCUUGAGCCGACCGGCUUGUGCCGCGACAUCAAGGACUAUUGUCACAACAACACAAUCUGCUCUGCUCACAUUGUUGAAGACCGCGAACCUUAUUUCUAUCGCGGGGCCUGCCUUUAGCAAGGAGGAUUGGUCAAACCCGGCCUGCCCGCAGUUUUGUGUCGUCCCCUCGCAUAACGACGAUGGUGUCGAGCCGAUGGAUCGAUGUGGUUUUGAACAAGACGGAUUCUGGGACUGCAGCUCUGGAUGUUUCGAGUUGCCUGGUAUGCAAUUGAAUCCCACCUUGGGCCGGUGUAUGGUUGGUUGUGCUGACUUCCCGAUCCAGGUAACCUUGAUGUGUAUGGCAUCGCGUACACAGGGCCGAAAUUGCGGUCUACUGCGGCAAAUUCAACGGAGGGGAGUGAGACAACAACAAAAGGUUCUACCGAGAGUCGUUGUACCCCAAGCACAACAAACUUCGCCCACUUACACCCAAUCCUCGCUGAGCUCACCUGCCCCCGGAACAGCAACGGAUUCCUCAUCCAGAGGCACCUCAACACCACCGCUUUUUGCGUCGCAUCCAGACGCGGCGUCUACCGCGUCGGCCGCGACAACACCGCAGCCAGGCACGGCGGGCGCAUCCUCUCCAAUAACCGCGCAAUCUAGCGCACCGCAAGGCGACGGCAAACCCAACUGGGCAGUCCCAAUAGGUGUCGGAGUCGCCGUUGGCGUUGCAAUUCUGCUCUCAGGCAGAGUUCUCACCUUCUUCUACCACCGUAAGCGCCGUCGCCAGGCAACGGUACGGGCCGAAACGCCCCCGCCGUUCGAAUCCUCAAGCAUCAACAGCCAAGAGCCCGCCUGGCUGGGGCCGUCGUACGGACUCAAGUUACGAGAGAUGGAUGGAAAUGACAAUAGGGUGCCGGAGAUCGGGGACACUUCCCGGGUUGAGCUGCCGUGAGGCGAAAUGACGAGAGGGAGGCGGUGGCGACAGUGGUUGUCGUGUGAGUUUCGUGUUCGCUUGAUCAAUCUGUUUACUGCAUACAUGUCUCGUUCUUUGCCUGACGCGAAGAUUCGUCACUUGAUAGUUGCCGAAGUACAACAGAAGGGACAUACAUGAGGGACAUGCAUAAGGUGAACAGGCAAAGUUUGGAACUGCGUGGUUAUUACUGUAAUAAAUUACAUGUCUGACGAAU